AUAUUUAACAAUAUUUGACGAGCGUAAAUGCCUUUAUGCGUUUGACGCUUUUGUAACUAAUAUUGUUUGUAUAGAAAUAAGAAUAAACAAUAUCAUUGUGUAAUUAACAUAGAAUAAUUCUAUUGUUGAUUCGCCGUGAAUAAACCAUCAGAGCAAUGCAAUCAUUUCCAAUCGUAUCAGCUUACACAAAUGAUCCACUCAACUGUCGUUGUACCUACUGUUUUAUGAUGAUGAUAGUGGAAAAUGUUUCUAGUCGUUAUCCGUACGUCAUCGAUCACAGACCACAAUGACCUACAGUCAUUACUGAUCGGACUAUGUUUGAACUUUGAAGCAUUAUCCUGCCAUUAUCUUGUUUUUGAAGUCUUUACAAGGACGUCGUUAGAAGGAUUGGAUGAAUAAAUUUUGCCUUGAGCAAAAAUGGAAGAUCAAUAAAAAUCCGUUAGUCUGGAAACGUGUACCCAACUCAAACGGUUCCUGUCAUUUAAUCGGUGGCAUUAAUGAAUUUUUUGACCAUCUUAUAGAAUAUUAUAAUGUCGACACACGUUUGGACAAACGAAUAAAAAAACAAAUAGCGCUGGAUAACGAAGAGAGAAUGCGAUUUAUGUUGACUGAGCAAAAACCCGUGCACCGAGCCUUGGCGAGAAGGGUAUGUAUAACCGGCGCAGCUUACCCAUCUACCUGUUACUUGGUUUCUGAGUUGUUGCAGUUGAAACAACUUCAAGCUGAAGGUGGUGGUGGUAUAAACAUAUCGUUACACCAUAAAGACUCGAAUAAUUAUGGAGAUCUGAUAAGAAUUAAAAACGAAAUUUGCGACGCCGAAUUUAAUGUUCGCGGUUGUAGCGUGGUAACGGUGGUCAACAGCAUCGAAGAAGGGUUGUUGAACUGCGAUUUGUUCAUUGUGAUAGGUAGCAUGAAAAGAGAAGAAAACGAAGACCAAUACAUAUGGACGAAUCGAAAUUUCACCGCUAUGAAGAGUUUGGCAUCAAUUCUCAAUCGCCACUGUCCCGAACGUUGCAAGGUGUUACUGAUGGGUAUGGAUCUAUUGUGUUUCAACCUAAGCGUUUUGGCUGAGAACGCUGAAAAAGUUUAUUUGUACAACUUCGUCGGUGUGACCGGUCAUCACGGUAUGGUGACGUUACCAACCAUUUCACAGGCGACGAGCAUCCCGAUCUCAGAUCUCCACUGUCCACCAGUUUGGGGAUUCGACGGCUCCGCUGCAGCAGCUCAAUAUGUCGAUUUCAAACACGUUAUCUAUCAUUGCGGUAGAUCAGCGACCGACCUCGGCAAACCGGAUAACUACGAUUGCGAAGACGCGGCCACGGUAGUGCACAAUUAUUCGGCAGACCGAAACAAGCACAAAUACUUGCAGAGCGUAUUACUGCAGUCAGAGAGUUUGCUGAUGGGAGACAAUGGCGAACACGAUGUAGUGAACACAAGCAUUGAAUCAAGUGCCAACGUAGUGUGUCACAUGUGUAGCUUGCCCGAAAUACGCGUAGCCGUGCGAAUGAUUUCGGAAUGGUUCAAAAACGAUAGCCGUACAACCAUCAGCGCUGCGGUUUUUUCAGACGGAACGUUUGGUCUACCAUUUGGUAUGUUUAUAUCUCAGCCAGUUUGCAUGGAAAACGGUGAAUGGAAACCAAAUUUUGACUUCCCAUCUCCAGAUGAAACAAUCAUCAAUAGCAUACUAUCCAAAGUAACAGAAAUUGCAUUCGAUUAUAACCUCGGGAAAAGGUUUAAUAUUACGUACCCCAGGAGAGAAAUGGGAAUUGAACUCUAUGACGAAUAACAUAUACGCUGUACUGCAAUGGCAAUGGCAUAGUCCACUGAGGCAAAGGGAAACGCAUGCCAUAUGUGUCCCCUUUGUCUGAAUUAUAAUUAUAUAUUAUUAUUUUAUUAAAAAUUUUGAAGUUUAAAA